AUGCAGGAUUCGCUGCAAGAGCGCUUGCGGGAACUACAGGAGAAGGCGAAGGAGAUGGGGGGCAAGGACAUGAAGAGAGCAAGAGCAAGAGUGUACAAGUCCAUCGGCAAGAUCAUGAGCAUGAUAGAAGCUCGGGAGCAGAAAAAGGAAGAUCCCAGCGGGGAAGAUAAGCAGGGAGGUGAAGAGAAGAAGCAGAAGAAGCCUACCAAAUCUGUAAAUGUGGAGAAAACAAGCAGGGUUCCGCCAGAAAAAUCACAGCGAGCGAACAAGAAAGAAGAGAAGAAGAGGCUACAAUUUCUGAACAAGAAGAUUUCGCUGCAUGGCCAGCGCAAGCAGCUCAGCAAAGCACUCAGAUUCUUUCAAACGAUUCAAGACGAAGGCCUCAAACCGACAGACUAUUCCUACACUAGCAUCAUUAAUGCGUACGUCCGGAACGGGGAUAUAGCGGGAGCAGCGAGAAUGUUUGAGGAGAUGAAGUCGAAAGGGAUCAGACCAAAUGUCGUGACGUUUACCACCCUCAUGAAGGGAUACUGCACGGUGGGGGAGAUGGGGGAGGCAAACAAGGUCCUGGAGGACAUGUCAAAGGAAGGCUCCCGCAUCUCGCCGAACAUCCGAACGAUCAACACGUUCCUGAGGGGGUGCGUGCGGACCGGGGCAGUGAGGGAGGCAGUCUCAGUGUUCGGUCGGAUGCGGGGGGAGUGGGACGUUGGAGCAGACGACUCGACGGUCGACUAUGUGACGAGGUUGAUGAGCCAAGGACUGAUGCUCGCUGAAGCCCGAGAGACCCUCGCGCAGCACGGGGAUCUGGGAACAGGAGCCGGACAAGUUGGGCUGGCGCAGAUGGCAGCACUUGUGGGGGAUGUUAAGAUGUCUCGAAAAGCUCUAGAAGACUUCAAGCUUGUCAAAAAUCGGGUGCUUGCUAGGAGAGCAGAGAAAGGAGCUGGAGCUGGAGCUGGAGCUGGAGCUGGAGCUGGAGCUGGAGCUGGAGCUGGAGUGAAAACCAAGAACGUGGAAGACGAUGAUGGGCAAGUGAGGGACAGGGAGGACGAGGACGAGGAGGACGAGGAGGAGGGCGCAGGGUCGAAGGCCAAGAGAGCGUCAGUAGCUCUCUUCCUCAAGCAUCACAUCUCUGAGCUCGAGCGAGAGGCUACUGCGGUCGAGGAUUACCUUGAUCAGCUUGGAGAAAGAGCAGCAGGAGCAGCAGGAGCAGGAGGCAUUGCCGAGCAAUGCUCGAAGUUUCUUCUCCAGUGCUACUCAAGGACGUUGUUCAUGCAUGAGAUCGGAGGGCAGGAGGGGAUGAGAAGCGGGUACUUCAAUCAGGACGCACGCCUAUCAUGGGAGAGAAUCUUUUCCUCCUCCGACAGUUCCCGUGGAGCCUCUGGCGAUCGCUCCCGCCGGCCUGUCAGGAUGGAGAUCUGCUCCGGCAGCGGCGAGUGGAUUGUCGAGCAGGCCAAGACAGAGCAAGCGAGCGACUGGGUCUCCCUCGAGAUCAGGCACGAUCGAUCCCAGCAGCAGACGGUUGUCAAGAUGGCUCUGUCCAAGUUGAACAACCUCGCGGUGCUGGCGGGGGACGCGAAGCUUGUCCUCUCCCGCCGUGUGCCCACCGAGUCCCUUUCUCAGGUGCUGAUCAACUUCCCCGAGCCUCCCCUCUGGAGCGGCGGCGACGGCGAGUCGACACUUCAUCUCCUCACCGCGGACUUCUUCCGUUCAGCUCAUCGCGUGCUGGAGGCGGGGGGCAGCCUUACAAUCCUCUCCGACAACAGCCGCUACAUCGCCUCCGUCCUCGCAACCCUCGCUGACCUCAAGGACGAGGAGGGGAAUGAGCCGCUGUUCGUGGACAGGCGCGAACUGACCGCGGAUUGGAAGAGAUCGCAAGUUGUACGUGACCUCCCGUUGUUCGUCGGCCUGCCUGGGGAAGUCUGCGGGCACUUUGCAAACUCGGGCUCUUACUUUGACAGGCUGUGGAGCAACGGGAUGCACAACAAGAGGUUCUACAUCUUUGUGCACAAGAAUGCAACCAAGGGGGAAGUACCGGACAAGAAGAAGAGGAAGAACAAGGUACAACAAGACCAGGAGAGGCGGGUAAAAAGAUCCAAGAGCUAG